ACGAGCAGAGUACACUCGCUAUCAGAGUAAAAUGGACAUGCGGAGGAUGUAACAUCGGGGUUGACAAGCUCGCCAGGUGCGUUUCUACAAAGACAACAUGAGUAUCAAAUCGAACGGGAGUACGAAUGGGGGUCGGCCCCGCUCCCUUUAUGAGGAGUCAGAGGAGGAACGACACGAACUCAAAUUGGACAGUAUUGUUUCCAAACCAAAAACACCAACUUUUGUGUACGUGUUGACAUUUUUCUCGGCCCUGGGAGGAUUUCUCUUUGGGUAUGAUACUGGUGUCAUAUCGGGGGCAAUGAUAUUGCUCCGGAAUGAAUUCAAUCUGUCGUCUGUUUGGCAGGAACUCAUCGUCAGCGUUACAGUUGCUGCUGCCGCCGUUUUUGCGUUAAUAGGAGGGUGUCUAAACGACCGACUUGGACGUCGGCCUGUCAUUAUGAUGGCUAGUAUAGUGUUUACAGUUGGGGCAGUUUGCAUGGCUAUCGCUGGUGAUAAGUACCUCUUACUUACUGGAAGGGUCAUCGUAGGCGCUGGAAUAGGUAUGACAUCGACAACAAUACCUAUGUACUUGGCAGAGUGUUCUCCUAUUCAUAUUCGAGGUAGACUUGUAUCAACAAACAUUGCCAUGGUUGCGUGUGGACAAUUCGUAGCCAAUGUUAUCGACGGUAUAUUCGGAUGGGACGAAACAACGGGAUGGAGGUAUAUGCUGGGCUUAGCCGGUAUCCCGUCCUUCCUGCAGUUCCUGGGUUUUAUAAUGAUGCCGGAAAGUCCCAGAUGGCUAAUUAUAAACCACAAGGACGAGCGUGCUCGUAGAGUACUACAAACAAUGAGGGGACAGUUAGAUAUUGAGGAGGAAUACGAUUCCAUCAAACACAGCUGCAUGGAAACGGAAGUGGAGGAACAAAAACGAUCAAAGAUGCCUAUCAUUAUCCAAAUGAUCCAAACACCUUCCAUCAGACGAGCUCUGAUCGUAGGAUGCAGUUUACAAAUGUUUCAGCAGGUUGCUGGAAUCAAUACAGUUAUGUAUUACAGUGCUACAAUUAUAAGAAUGUCUGGUGUGAAAGGAGACGAAACUGCUAUUUGGCUGUCCGCCGUUACGUCUUUCGUCAAUUUUGUUUUUACAAUUCUUGGUUUAUACUUGGUUGAAAAAAUUGGAAGACGUGCUCUGACACUUGGCAGUCUCAUAGGUGCUGUUAUAAGUCUAGCUUGGCUGGCGAUUGGUUUCCACCUCUCUGCCGUCUACACACCAGCAGUGACUAAUAUAGAAAGUGUAUCGGCCGAAUCUCCUUGUUCAACACAUACAACCUGUAAUCAGUGUAUGAGAGCUCUGGAGUGCGGUUACUGCUAUCUCGACAACAUCAGGGGACCAACAAAUAGUUCGUGUUUACCAACAGACUACGAGGACCCUUGGCAAGCCACAAUUGGACGAUGUAACACCACCUCGUUGUCAGGCAACCUCACCUGGGCGUAUGACUAUUGUCCCACUGAUUACUCGUGGAUGCCUAUGGCUGGAUUAGUUCUCUAUCUUAUAUUCUUUGCACCUGGUAUGGGACCCAUGCCAUGGACUAUAAAUUCCGAAAUAUAUCCUUUAUGGGCAAGAAGUACUGGCAACGCUGCUUCGACAUUUACAAACUGGAUAUUUAAUCUUGCCGUCUCCAUGUCUUUUAUUAGCCUUACUGAAACUUUAACGAGACAAGGAACGUUUUGCCUUUACGCGGGGAUGGCGUUCAUAGGAGUUGUGACCUUAGGCUUUUUGCUGCCCGAAACAAAGGGAAAGAGUUUGGAAGAAGUGGAGGGUCUCUUUGCUCAACCUUGGUGCAGCGGAGGACAACCAAUUAGCUACAACACAAAAACAAUUCAAUAUGUACACAUACGUGGUCUUAACAGAGAUGGUCGUGAAUCAGAAUUAGACUCACCAGAAUGAUGGAAAGUAAAAUGCAGUCAAUCAUUUCGUCGGCUACAAGUGGUAUUCCUCGCCAUAAACUUGAGGUAUUUUUGUGAAAGACGAAAUAUCUUGAUGGAUUCCUAGUCAAUCAAUGAUCUCCUAUUAAUAUUAUUUAGCAAAUGUAUUUUACUGGUGCAUAAAUAGCUCAUAUAUUCGCUGUCCCCGAGUUAGUUGUACUUGAUUUCUAUGUUAAAGAUGGAUUACCGCUGAAUUUCGUACUUUAUCACACAAUUGUAUGUGUUCAUUAUGCAUAUUUAUAGAGACGGAGUAAGAUAGCAUUUCUUCGGGAUGCAAUAAUGCAUUUAUUCACUUUGCAUUUUAGAGAUAAAAUGAGAAGCUCGUACUUUUGAAGGGUGGUUCAAGCGUUAAGUAUGUAACUUUUGGUAUUGAAUGAAAAUAUACAACAGCCUUUUCUUGUUUUUAACCGAUCAUAAUUACUCUUUUGUCGGAGAUGUCUUUAAAUAUAACUAAAUAGUUACACCAUCUGUGCAUUACAUGAAGCAUUUUUGGCGUUCUCGAAAUUCGUUUUUCCAAGUGUAAACCAAAGAUCAUGCUGAAUUUAUAUAAGAACAUAAAAGGACUAAGAGUUUAUUAAUAUCUGACCUAUGUAGUGAAUACUUAGCAACAGAACUGGAAGUUACAUUUCAUUUGUUUAAUGAAUGGCGUACAUAGAGCAAUAGAUGGUUAUUUAAUUAGUAAAUGUUUACCUUGAUCCAAUCUUGUCUCCAGAGCCGUGCUCAUUGUUCAUUUUCAUUUCCCCUUAACUAGCGAUGGAUGUGAAUAAUUUGAAUACAAGGAAAAUAAUUUAUGUACAUUUUUCUAUGUGAAAAAUAUUGCAAAUCAGCGGGGAUUCAUCUUUAAAGAAUGACUGUAGUAUGCCGAAGUCUUAAUACAUGUAUUCAUUUCAACAUCAAUAAAGUAGUAAACAACAUGGUUUAUCUUGUCAGAGAAGAUAAUUACUUUGUACACAUCAUGUCACAAUCAUAACCCGAAAUAUUAGAAUACUUAGAUAUCAUUACGCUAUUUUGCUAUACCGUUACUAUUAAGUUUGUGUUUGAGAUAACCGAGAUGAUAGAAACAGUUUCAAUGUCCAUUCUGAUCUUUUAUCGUUAACUACAAUGUAUAUAUAAUAAUACACUGUUGUCAAUGUUCAAUCUUAAAUAAGACGAUUAAUAGAUAAGCCUAGUUCCAAGAGAACAUCAUCAUGCUUUACCUGAAAGAUAACUCAUUGAAACACGUCCGUUUCAUUCCAUUUUCAUGGUUACUAGGUUACUAAGUAUAUACAAUUGUAUGAUUUAUGAUAGAAGUUAUAACACACAACCAAUAUGAUAUUUAAGAGUUGAAUCUGAUGAAGUGAAGGUGACAGUGUAGACAUCGAAACGUCACACUCUUAAAUACCAUAUUGUUUGUGUUAUAUAACUACAUUUUUACAUCACCAACCUGAAGGAAAUGUUCAAGAAAAAAUAUAUAAUUUGCUUUCAGAAAAUUGAAAUACUUACAUUUUGUAUUUUAUGAAUUUUAUAGAAGCUAAUAAUUAGGAUUUUGUAUGCAUGUAUCUGAAUUCUCACUGCAGGUGUAAAUAUGAUUUGAUAAGGAAAUUAGGGACUGGCAAAUAUGACUACCAUACGUAUUAAAUGUUUAUGAAAAUACGCCAACUAAUACAGAAUUGAGCAACACUUAGAAUUUGGCUCACAUAUCCGUCGAAUUAGAUUUCAUUUUAUUUUUCAAAUGGACAUAACCUUGACGUGUCUAUGUAACAGGGGUGAUACGUGUCUUUAAAUAUCAUCAUAACCCAAACACCAAUUUACAUUUUGUGAGAUUUUGGCCAAUACCAACUGAUGAAGGGAUCUAAAACUCGUUGGAAUAUUUUUUUUAAUAUCUAGAGGAUUUCUUUGAAUUGUCACGUUUUAUUUAAACAAGGAUGGAUAGCAUUGCAACAGCAAUCCAAAGUCCCCUGCCUGACCUAGGAGUGCACCUUUUUAUUUCCCAUUUAUUUUCGACAGAACUUCAAUAGAUAUAUUAAACUAGUUUUCCCAACAGAACAACAGGAAGAAUAUUUCAGGUUGCGGACAACAAAUAUUUAAAAAAAAAAAAUACAAAAAAAAAUACAAAAAUACAUAAGUAUACCUUGUUGGUUAAACGUAGGUGAAAUAACACGGAAGUUAUGCCCAGGACAAGCUCUAAUUUCGAAAAAAGUGACAUUUGACCUCAAAUGACGUAUGACUUUGAGCUAUUUUACUCGCCAGGUGACGAGAUAUAGCCAUUUUCCAUGCAUUUCAGAAUUUUUUACUCCGAAAAAAAAUGUGGGAUGCUAUGUUAUACUGAUCAUGUAUACCAAGUUCCGUCAAAAUCGGGGCAGUACAUUAGGCAAUCUAAUUAAAAUUAGACUUGUAAUUUCCGUUCCUCUACGAUACACUGCAAUACAAGAUCUAACAACACCCCGUAGGAGGUCAUCUCAGCAUGACCUUUGAGCUUUAAGUAUAAGCCAAUGAUAAUUGUUCAAUGACGUCAUCAGUCAACCAAUGACAAACAGCCUUAUACGAGCCUUCGGUUGCGUCUCCUUAGUAUUGAAGACUCAAAUCAGCGCUUGAUUUGAAAUACGCAAAAUUUCAGACUACUCAAAUGGCUACGAUAAUAAAAAAAUUGCUUAUUCUCUGGGCGUUACAUUGAAAGAAGAACAGAAAACGAUAAGGCCUAUAUAUUGUCUUAGUCGACAGGACGGACUGUGUUGCCAACUGGAUUGCGAAAACCGUUACCAUACACGUUAUUCCCUUUCAAACUAUUUUACACGACGCUGCUGUCUUCACUGUCUCUCUCUCUUUCGUAUGAUUAAUGAAAAAUCUCACAGGCAGCACCCGUUUGUAAAAAUAUAAAUCUGUUGAAGUGUUCACGGUGAGGUGGAGUGGGUGAAGCCAUGUUGUUUACCGUUGCUAUCGACCAUCGGAAUACCUCGGGAACGUUACGUAAGUAUUUAUACUUCCGAAGAGUGAAAUCACACCGACAAUUUCAUAGGCGACGCGCUGAUUGGCUGAGCUCAAAGGUCAUGCUGAGAUGAACUCUUAUGGGGCAUCGUUAGAUCUUGUAUUGCAGUGUAUCGUAGAGGAACGGAAAUUACAAG